GCAACGAUAAUUUCUCUUAAUAUACCGGUAUCCAAAUUGAUUGCAGCUAUGAGCGAUACCACCACCUCAUAUACGAAAACCGAGCUCGUCGAGUUGCAUGUUAAAAGCGACGGACAUCUACAUACCACGAAUGAUGGACAGGGGAGCGAGAAAUUGUCAAGAAGUGAGAAGGAUCAAGAAAGUGAAAAAGACUUAAUCCAAACCUCCCAUGAAUAUGCAGAAGCACGAAACUCCCCAAACCUGGGCAAAGCGUCUGAGCAAGAUACCAUUCAAUAUGUCACGGGAGCGAAGCUAGUUUCCAUCGUCGUCAGUAUCUGCCUGGCUGCUUUUUUGAUGCUCUUAGAUACCUCCAUCGUCAGCACGGCUAUCCCCGCCAUCUCAGACGAGUUUCACUCACUCCAAGAUAUCGGCUGGUACUCAGCGGCCUACAACCUCGGAUCAGCUUCGCUGCAGCCUUUGACGGGAAAGAUUUACAACUGUUUUAGUCUCAAGUGGACAUUUAUAACUUUCUUCGCCAUCUUCGAGAUUGGCUCUGCACUAUGCGGCGCUGCACAAUCAUCCAACAUGCUUAUUGUCGGGCGCGCCGUGGCUGGAGCUGGAGCAUCGGGUCUACUUAGUGGAUCUAUCAUCAUUAUAUCCUGCUGUGUACCUCUUCAUAGGCGUCCGCCAUUAAUUGGCCUAGUCCAGGGUGUUGCUCAGCUCGGUACAGUCAUCGCGCCUCUCAUAGGAGGUGCCUUCACGUCUGGCUAUACAUGGCGAUGGAGCUUUUAUAUCAACCUUCCAAUUGGUGCUAUCGUCGCCAUACCGAUUUUGACCCUUCAUAUCCCCGAUCAGAUGGGCAAACAACCUGCUUUGAAGGUCCUAUCUAAGAUCCACCACCAUCUAGAUCUAAUAGGAUUCGCCUUACUCGCUCCCGCCGUCAUCCAGCUUCUUCUCGCCCUCGAGUAUGGCGGAAACCAAUUUGCAUGGAAUUCAUCCCAGGUCAUUGGCCUUUUCAUUGGUGCCUUCGCAACCCUAGCUGUCUGGGUUCUAUGGAAUAACUAUAAAGGCGACGAUGGCCUCCUCCCCUUUUCUAUCAUGAGGCGGAGAGUCGUAUGGUCAAGCGCGUUGAAUUAUUCUUUUCAGAUGUCGACGCUCUUUGGUACAUCGUACUGGUUACCUAUCUACUUCCAGGCGAUCAAAGGCGUAAGUGCCAUACUGAGUGGCGUGUAUCUCUUACCCACCAUCCUCGGCCAGCUAGUCUUCGCUGUUUUAGCUGGAGUUCUUGUGUCCAGAGUAGGCUACAUACCUCCGUUCUCUAUAUACGCUGGCGUUCUUAUGUCAAUCGGCUGUGGUUUAUUCUCUUUGCUCCGACCAGAUACGGCAACUGGAAAAUGGGUUGGGUUUCAAAUCAUCGCUAGCUGCGGUCGCGGCGCUGGUUUACAAAUGCCUAUCGUUGCUGUUCAGAAUGCUGUAAGCCAGAAAGACUUAUCUCCAGCCAUGGCGUUCCUCCUAUGGGCACAGUACAUCGGCCCCACGAUUUUCCUAACAUUAUAUAACACGAUAUUCAACGCGAGUCUCAAAUCUUUGUUACCAAAGCAAGCCCCGAACGUCGACGUACAGGCUGUUCUAUCUGCCGGCGCAAGACAUUUCCGGGAUGUUGUUGAUCCCCGAGACCUACCGAAUGUCUUGAUUGCGUAUUCAGACAGCCUGGAUAGAGUUUUCUACCUCGUCGCUAGUGCCGGCGUGGGAGCUUUCAUUGCUGCUUGGGGUAUGGGGUGGCAGGAUACCAGAAAGAACGUGAAGGAAAUCAACCAGGCUAAAAAUGAUGAGCCUUGAAUCACGAAUUUCAAUCUGAUAGGAUUUAAGACGAAGCCGUCUAUAAAUGUUGGAUGUAUUGUAACGAGAAUUGUAUGAUUUGUAGCGAUAAGUUGGUUCCAUAGUCGGCAUCAAGCCUGUUUAGCCCCCUUUCCCACACCAUAGCAGCUUCGAGAGAGCCUCGAGCACCUAGAAUAAUUACCUAGUAGCUAUAUUAGGUAACAUUAUAAAUUUCAAAGCUUAUAUUUAGACGACCA